GUCAGAGUCACUUCAACCGGUAAGAGCCUAAUGACAUAAAAUACAUAUUUUACAUUGUUCAAUAGAUACUGUGUCAUCUUUGUUUUGCAAAACCUUUUUUUUUUUUUUUUUUUUGGUGUUUUUAUUGCACAGUGGAGACAUGAAAAGAAAGAUUAUUGAAGAGAUCUUUCUUAAACUUUAUCUUCUCAUAGGAGUUUUGAGCACUCCCGUCUGCAGUGAAGAGUGGAAAGCCUCAGUGCUAAAAAACAUAGAAGCUUUGGUUGGCUCUUGUGUGGUAGUGCCAUGUUCCUUCAGCCACCCAAAGGAAAGCCUGCCCACCUCCAGAAUGAGAGGCCUAUGGCAUCACUCCCGAGACAUGAAGCAUCUCAUCUAUUAUGAGGACAGCACCAUGGUCAUGGAGAACUUUAGGGGCCGCACUCGCCUCCUGGGAGAGCUGGGUAAAGGCAACUGCUCGCUAGAAAUCAAAGAAAUCAAAGACCAUGACAAUGGCCCCUUCUGUUUCCGCAUUGAACUGGCCCGAACUGGAACCGACACCGGCACAAAAGACAAGUUCUCUUUUAAGGAGGACUGUGUGACGCUGCAAAUGCUCACCAACCCAAAGGAUCCAGAAUUGACAUACAAAGACCCUGUUGAGGGCCACCCCUUCAGCAUCACCUGCUUUGCCACUCACACCUGUCCCACCUUCAGACCCAAACUCAAAUGGAACACUGGGACAGAAGUCCAGAUCACUGAGAGGCACAGGGAAUUACACCCUGGAUUUUGGGAAAUGAGUUCAGUCCUGUCGUUCGUCCCUACAGUAAAUGAUGACCACAAGGAGGUCACCUGUACGGCUCAGUUCAACGGAGAGAAGAUGUCUACCGCCAAAAUGACCCUCUAUGUCAAACGUAUGGAAAACUACAACCACAUAAUCAUUCCUGUUGCUGUGGCUAUUGGUUUAGUAGCCAUCUUUGGAGGACUGUGUUUCCUAAUGACGAAAAAAUACAGGAGACGCAUUGAAGAGCUACAACGUCAAGAUGGCACUAUGUUCAACCGGCUGUCCAGACUGUCUCGAAGGAUCCGAAGCCCAAGAGAAAUCCAUUCUGGACAUAGGCCUCAAAACAACUGUGAUGCUACACUUUCAAAGCCUCGUUUUCCAUCUCCAAAAAGUAAGCCCAAAGCAUGCUCCUUCAAUGAGGACAUUGAUGAUGAUGAUGAUUACAUAAAUACUGCUGAUGUGAACAUCUAUGGAAAUCUCUGAAAAGAUUUUGAAGCAUGUUGUGUACAUUUUCAAAAACGUUGAGAGAAAGUAUUGAUAAAUUCUUAACCAAUAGCUUUAUAUUGAACACCACUGGUUUGUCCAUUGCUUUGUCCAUAUCUAAUAACCCAAUCAAUAUUAACACAAUGACUGUUUCAUAAACCAAAUAUUUGCAAAACAGUGAUUAAUCUAGCUAUGCUAAAGCGAGUUAGCUUUGAAGUAUAUGUAGUCAGCUGCAUUUUAAUCAGUUGUGACGUGUCUUUGAAAAUAUGUGGAUGACAUGAUUUUUCAAAUACUUUUAAAGUUAUAAUAUUUAUCAAUAAUCAGUUGCUGUGUGUUUUGAUUGUAUAAUGGGUAAUUGAAAUGUAUAUUUGAAAAUCCCAUGCAUGUAAUAAAUGUUGUGUAAACUAAUAAACUAAAAGUGAUU